UUGAAAAAACAAAAACAGCGAGGAGUGAGCGUGUUUAAGCAGACCCAGCUUGUAAGAAGCCGGCGGGGGAGCGGAAUCCGAAGCGUGCUAGAACGUGCUUGGUGUACUGGCCGCAGGGAGGGUUGGAAGGAAGGAAACAGAGAGGAGGAGAGACGGAUGCAGGCCUCCCUGUGUGUCACUUUAGAUUGUCGUCCAAAGAAAAAUGGGCUUUCAUAACCCCAGCGCUGAGACACCAGCCACCCUUGAUAACCCCCGAAUCCCCAGCUUGCCCCCUGGGAGGGAGGCCCGGAGAAGAGAAGUCUGUGCACGAGGGAGGCUGUGUAUGACUCACACAAGGGAGCCGGGGAAGCUGCACACCCCCCUGGGAGAAGGUAGGGCUUCAGGCUAGGGAGUCACUCCUCUCCGGGUUGUGCCCACCCUGUCCGCUCUGGGGUUCCCAGGGCACUGGGACCGAGCUGGGCCUGCCCCAUGGUGGCCCUGCUCCAUCUCUGCCGGCCUGGCCACCAGUCCCAGGGGGUUGGGCUAGCCAGGCCAGACUGGACAGGCAGGGCCUUGCCCUGGACAGGCUCAUUAAAGCCUUGCGGGCUGGGGCAGCCCUGGAGGCUGGGGCGUGGCUGCCUCGCCUGGUCCCGCAGCAAGGCUGCAAGGCCAUCGUGCGCCGGCAGGGGGCGGGCCACCCGCCACGAUCCCUGCUCUGAGAUUUCACACUCCGCACAGGCCUUCUCCACCGUCAGGGCCACCCAAGGUGGCUUCCUCCCCUCCCGGUGUGGAGGUCUGGGCACUGGGCCACCCUCCCGGCCGAGUUAAACAUUAGUGGGAGGUUAUCGGACAGGCGACGGGGAGGGAGAUCAGGGACGGCCAGACGCUCCCUAGUGUCUCCUGUCUGGAGCCACCGGUUCCCGCCCCUGCCAGACAAUGCCCGUGGAGGAGUUUGUGGCCGGAUGGAUCUCUGGAGCUCUGGGCUUGGUCCUGGGACACCCUUUUGACACGGUAAAGGUGCGGCUGCAGACCCAGACCACAUACCGGGGCAUCUUCGACUGCGUGGUUAAGACUUACCGCCAUGAGUCGCUUCUGGGCUUUUUCAAGGGAAUGAGCUUCCCCAUUGCAAGCAUAGCCGUGGUCAACUCCGUGCUGUUCGGGGUCUACAGCAACACGCUGCUGGCGCUCACAGCGACUUCCCACCGGGAGCGGCGGGCCCAGCCUCCCAGCUACGCGCAUGUCUUCCUCGCUGGCUGCACGGGAGGCUUCAUGCAGGUCUACUGCUUGGCCCCUUUUGACCUCAUCAAAGUCCGGCUACAAAACCAGACAGAGCCGAGGGCGCGGCCGGGCAGCCCCCCGCCCCGGUACCGGGGUCCCGUGCACUGCGCAGUCUCCAUCUGCCAGGAGGAGGGGCCCCGGGGCCUCUUCCGGGGAGCCUGGGCCCUGAUGCUGAGGGACACCCCGACAUUGGGCAUCUAUUUUGUCACCUACGAGUGGCUUUGCCGCCAGUCCACACCAGAAGGACAGAGCCCCAGCUCAGCCUCGGUGUUGGUGGCAGGGGGCUUCGCAGGCAUCCUCUCCUGGGCGGUGGCCACCCCCUUGGACGUGAUCAAGUCCCGGAUGCAGAUGGCGGGGCUGAAGCACAGGGUGUACCGGGGGGUGCUGGACUGCAUGGCGAGCAGUGUCCGGCAGGAAGGCCUGGGGGUCUUCUUCCGGGGGCUGACGAUCAACAGCGCCCGCGCCUUUCCUGUCAACGCCGUCAUCUUCCUCAGCUACGAGUACCUCCUGCGCUGGUAGGGCUGAGCGUGGCCACGUAGUGUCCCCAGCUCCCCCGCCAGACCCCCGCCCCACCGCCCAGAUGCGGGGUCACGGGGAGCGCACCCGCUUGCUUCUCCAAUUGGAGAGGCCGGGUCUUUCCUGAUGGGCAGGCAGCGGCGGAGGGCCGGGCCUCGGGCUCCUGGACUCCGGACCCCAGGGCUGGCUUCAGGCUCCCAGCACCACUUGCCUUGGCUCCCGUGCUCCCCAGGGCUGUGAAACACUCUCAGUGGCCCCUGGUGCCGGUGACAUUUGGCCCGACCUGUGACUUCACCCCUCAGAGAGCUCUCAGAGCCGGCUCUCCUGGGCGCUAAUGACCCCCUGGAUUCCAGCACCGCAUCCUCACCCACCCCCACCUGCUCCCCCAAACUGGAGAGCAGCCUUCUCUCCCCUGCUGGUCCAGAACCCUUCAGUGGCUCCCUUGGCCUGUGGGGAAAAGCCCCACCUCCUGGGCUCUCUCCUCCCUGGAGGCUUGGGUGGCCCUUGAUCCCUCCUGGCCAGCAGAGGGCAGCACGCCCCUUGGCUAAGCCCGCUCCUUGGCCCAGGCAGAGCACUGUCUGCCAGAGUCCUUUCUGACAGGCAAGGGAGUUCCCCCUUGCUCCCCACUGGCUGUGGGGUUUUCAUAUCACCCCCUACCCCCUCCUUUAUUCCCCAACCCUCGCCCUGCCCCCCCCCCCCAUCCCUCUCACAUCCCACCACAUGCCUCUAUCACAGCCCCGGGUUUCUGAUUCGCUCCUCAACCUGGCCCCAUGACACAGGGAGCUCCUAGAGAUCAGGGGUCAGACUUCGGAUCUGUUCCCCCACUCCGGCCACCACACCUGCUUCCUUCGUCCCCCCCCAUCUUAGGUUUUGCCUGCAUGGCCCCUCUCGGAGUGGUCCCAGAAGUCAGGAGCCACUCCUCCCCGGGGUGUCUCCCAUCUCCUCAUUGAUGGCGUUUAUUUUCUUUACUUGUCUCAAUUGCUAAGCGACAAUGACAAGAAAGUUUGCUUGAAUGGCAAUAAAGCUGAGCAGAGUUUGUACCCA